AUGUUUUGUGCCAUUAGUGGAAAGGUGCCUAGAAAGCCAGUGUUCUCGCCUAGAUCAAGGAACAUAUUUGAAAAAUCACUUCUUGAGCAGUAUGUUAAAGAUACAGGGAAGGACCCAAUAACAAAUGAGCUCUUGAGCAUUGAAGAUAUCGUGGAGAUUGUACCUAGUGCGCAACAGGCUUCUUUAAUAGAAUCUACGAAUUCCGCUACAUUGAAGGCAAAUUACUCGAUUCCAAAUCUCUUGACGAGUCUGCAAAAUGAGUGGGACGCUAUAAUGCUGGAAAACUUCAAGUUGCGAUCAACGUUAGAUACUUUAAGCAAAAAAUUGUCAACUGUAAUGUACGAAAGAGAUGCUGCAAAGUUGGUUGCUGCACAAUUAUUGAUGGAAAAAAACGAGAGCUCGGACAACUCAUCAAAAUCUCCACAGCGAACAGUGGUUAUCACGAAAGAAGAGUUUUUGCAAGGUCUGCUUCAAUCUUCUAGAGAUUUCGUAGCCAAAGGCAAGCUCAAAGCAUACAAAUGGCCUACCCUAAAAAAUUUAGAGCUGCUGCCGGCACAAAAUUACUCCUGUACAAUUAAAACAUACCCAUACAAAGAAUUAAAUCAUCUCAUGUACUAUGAAAAGUGGAUUUCUGUAUGUCGCUGUGACAUUAGCACUUUAUAUUUUACCCAAUUGAAGGAUCUGAAAUCACUUACUACACUAACUACACCAAACCCUCGCACUGGAGAAGAGCAACCUAUUAUUGUUUCAAGAGGAUCUUGUAAUCGGUUGCUACUCUUAUACCCUGGUAACCAUAUAAUCAUAUUGGACUCGAAAAAAAAUAUAGCCUUGAGGGAAAUAGAGGCAGAUUCUUCUAACCAGAUUAUAUACAUGUACGGCCACAACGAGGUCAAUACUGAAUACUUUAUCUGGGCGGACAAUAAAGGUAAAAUAGUCUUCCAAUCCUACGCGGACGAGUCUCAGUACACUGUUCAUUCUGGAAAGUUGGACGUGGACUAUACCAGUGGUGCUCUACAUAAGGAUUCUUUACUAUUAGCUCUUCACUCUUCAGAAGGUAUACUGGACGUUUACAGUUUAUCGUCAACUGAUCAAGCCAGCUCUAGAUUUCCUAUGGAAAAAGACGUCAAGAUAAAGGAGGUAAAAUUUUCAGACAAUGGAUACUGGAUGGUGGUAAGCUGUGACCGAAUCGUGGCUUGUUUCGACCUAAGAAAGGACGUGGGCACUUUAGCAUACCCAAUUUACACACUUCCAGAAUCGAAGACAGGGACCGUUGUGUAUGACAUUGAUGACUCUGGUAAAAAUAUGAUCGUAUAUUCAAGCGAGAACAGAUCAUUGGCAGUAAACAAAUUCGACAAGAAAACAAAAAGUUGGAUUAACGACGAAGCAAGUACUCUUGAUUUGCCAAAUGAAACUGCAGAUUUCUCGGAUAUAGAAGUUUUAUGCGGAGAUAGUGGCGUCGCGGCUAUUUUAAAGACGAAUGAUAAGUUCAGAAUAGCUGCAUUGUCACCUUAA